GGGUCCGAGCGGCGGCUGCGGACCCGAGCCGGAGCUGGGCGAGGGCGGCUGCGGUGCCGGCGGCGGCGGCGGCGGUGGCGGCAGCGGGAGAAGAUGGUGGCGCUGGAGGUAGGAGCGGCCGGAGCGGAGCUUUAUUCCCAGGCUUGGCACCGACGCUGUCAUUAGCGCCGCCUGCUCCCGCGGGCCCGCGGACCCAGCUGUCAGGCAAGCCCAGUGGAGCAAAAUGAGAGCGCAGUGAGCCGGGCCCAGCCUCUCUCCCAGCCGUCCCCGACGCCCACCAUGAACCACUUGGAGGGGUCCGCGGAGGUGGAGGUGACCGACGAGGCGGCAGGUGGGGAGGUGAACGAGUCGGUGGAGGCCGACCUGGAGCAUCCAGAGGUGGAGGAGGAGCAGCAGCAGCCGCAGCCACCGCAGCAGCACUAUGCGGGCCGCCACCAGCGCGGGCGCGCCGGCGAGGACCUCCGCGCCCCGCUCGGGCAGGAGGAGGAGGAGCGCGGGGAGUGCCUGGCGCGCUCGGCCAGCACGGAGAGCGGCUUCCACAACCACACGGACACGGCCGAGGGCGACGUGAUCGCCGCGGCCCGCGACGGCUACGACGCGGAGCGCGCACAGGACGCCGAGGACGAGAGCGCCUACGCCGUGCAGUACCGGCCCGAGGCCGAGGAGUACACGGAGCAGGCGGAGGCCGAGCACGCCGAGGCCACGCACCGCCGCGCGCUGCCCAACCACCUGCACUUCCACUCGCUGGAGCACGAGGAGGCCAUGAACGCGGCCUACUCGGGCUACGUCUACACGCACCGGCUCUUCCACCGCGGCGAGGACGAGCCCUACGCCGAGCCCUACGCCGACUACGGGGCCCUGCAGGAGCACGUGUACGAGGAGAUCGGGGACGCGCCCGAGCUGGACGCGCGCGACGGCCUGCGGCUGUACGAGCAGGAGCGCGACGAGGCGGCCGCGUACCGCCAGGAGGCCCUGGGCGCGCGGCUGCACCACUACGACGAGCGCUCGGACGGCGAGUCCGACAGCCCCGAGAAGGAGGCGGAGUUCGCGCCCUACCCGCGCAUGGACAGCUACGAGCAGGAGGAGGACAUCGACCAGAUCGUGGCCGAGGUCAAGCAGAGCAUGAGCUCGCAGAGCCUGGACAAGGCGGCCGAGGACAUGCCCGAGGCGGAGCAGGACCUGGAGCGCGCUCCCACCCCGGGCGGGGGUCGCCCCGACAGCCCCGGGCUGCAGGCCCCCGCGGGGCAGCAGCGGGCGGUGGGCCCCGUGGGCGGCGGCGAGGCGGGGCAGCGGUACAGCAAGGAGAAGAGGGAUGCCAUCUCGCUGGCCAUCAAGGACAUCAAGGAGGCCAUCGAGGAGGUGAAAACCAGGACCAUCCGUUCGCCUUACACCCCCGACGAGCCCAAAGAGCCCAUCUGGGUCAUGCGCCAGGACAUUAGCCCCACCAGGGACUGUGACGACCAGAGGCCGAUGGACGGAGACUCUCCAUCUCCUGGCAGUUCCUCACCCCUGGGUGCCGAGUCAUCGAGUACACCUCUUCACCCCAGUGACCCCACGGAAGCCUCCACAAAUAAAGAGUCAAGAAAAAGCUUGGCUUCAUUCCCAACCUACGUUGAAGUUCCUGGACCUUGCGACCCUGAAGACUUGAUCGAUGGAAUCAUUUUUGCCGCCAACUACCUUGGCUCCACCCAGCUGCUCUCAGACAAAACUCCCUCCAAAAAUGUGCGCAUGAUGCAGGCGCAGGAAGCAGUAAGCAGGAUCAAGAUGGCCCAGAAAUUAGCCAAAAGCAGGAAGAAGGCCCCUGAAGGUGAAUCUCAGCCGAUGACCGAGGUGGAUCUCUUCAUUUCUACCCAGAGGAUCAAAGUAUUGAAUGCGGACACACAGGAGACGAUGAUGGACCACCCUCUGAGGACCAUCUCCUACAUCGCGGACAUCGGGAACAUCGUGGUGCUGAUGGCCCGCCGGAGGAUGCCCCGCUCCAACUCCCAGGAGAACGUGGAAGCCUCACACCCAUCCCAGGAUGGAAAACGACAGUACAAGAUGAUCUGCCAUGUCUUCGAGUCGGAGGAUGCCCAGCUGAUCGCACAGUCCAUUGGGCAGGCCUUCAGCGUGGCCUACCAGGAGUUCCUCAGGGCCAACGGGAUUAACCCCGAAGAUCUCAGCCAGAAGGAGUACAGCGACCUGCUCAGCACCCAGGACAUGUACAACGACGACCUGAUCCACUUCUCCAAGUCGGAGAACUGCAAAGACGUUUUCAUCGAGAAGCAGAAAGGAGAGAUCCUCGGGGUGGUGAUCGUGGAGUCCGGCUGGGGCUCCAUCCUGCCCACCGUGAUCAUCGCCAGCAUGAUGCACGGCGGCCCUGCGGAGAAGUCGGGGAAGCUGAACAUCGGGGACCAGAUUAUGUCCAUUAAUGGCACCAGCCUGGUGGGCCUGCCGCUGUCCACCUGCCAGAGCAUUAUUAAGGGCUUAAAGAAUCAGUCCCGGGUGAAGCUGAACAUCGUGAGAUGUCCUCCGGUGACCACCGUGCUGAUCCGGAGACCAGACCUUCGCUACCAGCUGGGCUUCAGCGUCCAGAAUGGAAUCAUCUGCAGCCUCAUGCGAGGGGGCAUAGCGGAGAGAGGAGGCGUCCGCGUGGGACAUCGGAUCAUUGAGAUCAACGGGCAGAGCGUGGUGGCCACCCCCCACGAGAAGAUCGUCCACAUUCUCUCCAAUGCUGUUGGGGAGAUCCACAUGAAGACGAUGCCCGCUGCCAUGUACAGACUGCUGACGGCCCAGGAGCAGCCCGUGUACAUCUGAGCCGCGCUCACCGUGGUGGCGGCGGCCUGCAUGGAGGACUCUCCUCAUCGUGGUUGUGUGUCUCGUGCUGCAUCCCCGUGUCCACUGAGACGUUCCCCCUCGCGCCCAGCAUUCGGUUUUCCACGGGAAGAGAGGAAUCCACAAGGACCUCUUUGCUCUCUCUCUCUCCAGUUUGCUUUUUUUUUUUUUUUUUAAAUACCAGGGAAGUUCCGUAUGUGCUCCUUUGAGGAUAGAGAGCAGCCGGUGUCCACCUGGUGUGUGUCCACCCAGGACCACCCUGGGGGGCCUUCCGGGGUGGGGAAGGGGUCCCGAGCUGGGCUGUCCCUGCCCAAGGGGGAGCAGCGCCCUCCUCAGAAGGCGCCCCCGGGGCAGCAGAGAAGCCCGCCCAGCAGUGCCUAAGCCCCGGCUGCCGACCUCUGCCCCGCUCCGGCGGGUUUCCGGGAGUGUGGUAGCAGCGGGGGCCAGCCCAGGUCGCCAGGGUUCUGCACUGCCCGCCGCGUAGCGGGGCGCCGUACAUCAUUUCCGCCCAGAAUUUCUGAGCCAACCUUUAAACCUCUUCUGUAGCUAGUUUCCGUGUCGACAUGUUACGUGUUUUCUGAUAGGAGCCUUGCCACCCCAGGAUAAAAGGGGAAAUAACUGCCUCGGACGAGGAUGGCGUAGCGGGGCAGAAAGCGUGGCUGUUCCUGAGGCACCCGCAGCUUCGCCAGGUGGUCCCGAGAUGACCAGCCAGUAGACGGACACAGGCAGGUCCCUUCUGCCUCUCCCCCCGUCGUGCCCACGCCGUCUCAGUGGCGUAGCACCCUGGCCUCCCCUCCACCUUCAAGGAGAUAGGUGGAAGCCAGGCACACGGAGUCCCCGGGAGACCCACCUCUUGGGAGGUCCCUUCUUCUGGCAGGGGGCCCCACAGGGGCUGGUCUGCCUUGUCCCGAGAGAGAUGCCCUCUCUGUGGCCGAGGCCUGGCGCUCCCAGCACCACCUUGGCUCACGGCGUCGUCCUUCUGGACUCCUCGCCCCCGACACACACACACACACGCACACACACACACACAUCACACACACACACAUCACACACACACACACACACAGCCUGGGAAGGACGCCGCGCUCCCCUAGGAGACAGACCUGUCUCUGGCUGCAGUCCUGUCAUCUUUGCUGGCCUAGGGUGAGACCAGCUUUCUCCUCUGCUCAGGGCCGCUGGGCAGGACGGGAUAUUUGAAAGGCCAGAACAGUACAUAAGCCACAAAAUCAAGGGGACAAUAAUGACCUCAAGACAUGCCUAAGAAUCCCCAGAUGUGUUCCAGAAACAUCUUGCUGCCUCGUGAGUCUGAGAGUUUCCAACCCGUGUGGAAUGUUGCCCGUUUUCAUCAGGUGCCUCGUGUCUACGAUUCUGUCUCCGUUCUGUGCAGGCGUUUUAGCGAUAUUAUUAUUCUGAGCCAGUUUCACUUAUUCUUGGUCCAAAGAGCAUUUUGUUUUCAUGUGGGGUGUGGUUUUGUUUCGUUUUUUGUUUUUUUGUUUUCAUCCAUGACCUCAGUAGAGACAGGGGAAGAGAAACUAAUAUAUUUUGUGAUAUUAAUAUAUUCCCUGUUCUCUGCAUCUGGGAUAUUUUAUGUCGUGUCUGUGGAAAUAGGAAUUCAGUGGGCAAAUGUUGGGUAGGCUGUAUUUAUAGAGAGAAUGAAGGGAUUUCAGGGAGGGAGAAAAGUGAAUAUAUAAAAAAAUUAGGAACAGAAGACUUUAAUCAGAGAGCUCUGGGAUCAAUUCUCGGAGGUCUCUGUACCUUCUGAGUUUUCUACUUAGAAUCAGGGAAGCUAAGUGCUUGGAAGGCAUCACCUGCUGAGCUCUGAGUUGUACUGUGGUCCAAAAGGCCAUCAUGAAGAGAGGCUGUCGGCCGCCCAGGUGUCCUGGCCAGGAAGAGGCUUCUGCUUCUCCAGAGAGCUGUGUGGGGUGGGGCCGGGGAGCCGGCGGGUGACACAGGAGCCUGGGCCUCUCUGAAGGCUGCCUCACCCAUGCCACAGAGAGGCCAGCCCUGAGGUCAACCCGCCACACGUGGGAGGACCAGGAAUCACAGCCCAGGUCCUCAGGUUGCCUUUCCUGAAAUAACAGGACUGUAGGAUCUGGUCAUAUAAUGGAACAGGGAAAAGUCAUCAGUUCCACCUUUCCUCUGCCACAGAGAGAGGAUAGAGCAGAAGUGAAGCGUCGCCAGUGGAAUUUCAGGUAUCCUGAGCCCCAGAAAGUCACUGCAGGGGCUCGGGCCUGACUGCUCCUGGGGGGCCCAGGCACCUGGACAGGGGACUGGAACCGCACUAGCACAUCCCUGUACGACCCCCAGAUAAUGACAGCUAAGUGUCUUCACCUCAAGGAGAGAAGAGAGAAUAUACUUUCCAUUUCCUGUUGCACAAAAGUCUUGUAAACUUCGAGAGGUGCUGAGAAAGCCAAUUCCGUGGGCUCUCCUAGCGGACUGCCGUUUUAGCAUGAGAGUCGGAUGAUCAUCCACCGCGUUCUGUUGUGUUAGUAAGUGUUUCCUCACACUUGGAGAGUGAGAGUUGCCGGAGCUCGGGACAGGCCCACCCAGCUACAGUGUGUCCCCCCCCCCCGCCCCGCCCCCCUCUACACUGGAUGGAGUGAGCCCAGGCGCGGUUCACCUGGGAGUCAGAGUCUUCAAAGUGAGUCACUCCGUUUCCAAAAGUCCCAAGAGACACAGUGGUCUCUCCUUUAACAUCCCAGUAUAUGUACAUACACAUGUAAAUAUCUGUCACACCCUGUGUGACGGGGAAGAUUAUGUACAAAGCAGCCUUCCCAAACACUGCAAGGGCACAAAGCCACUCUGGCCAUGGGGCUGGGACAUGCUGGUGACUCAGCUUUGGGGACAGACUCCCAGAUCCGGCUCCCCGCCCUGGUCCAGGCAGGAUGGGGCAGACCCACCCCCCUGCCUCUGCCUUCUCCGUGUGAGCACUUCGGGGAGCCGCCGGCAGCCUUGGGCUCAGGAGAGGAAGAAACCCCCCAGACACAGGUACUUGGAGCCCACUUCCCGCGUGAUCCCUCCCUCCCUCUGUCCUUCCUUCCCCAGAGCGGGCUCCUCGGGACCCCGCACGUCACCCCGGCGGGCGCUGUGUCCCUGCAGACGGGUUUGCUUUCCAAACAUCACCCAUCAACACCACCUUCAGGGAGUCCCAGAGUAACCUACUACCUCCCCCAUGGCUCCCUUCCCCCGCUGCCCCCUCGGCACCUGUCGCACACUGAUGAAAACCGUCCACCGAGCCCUUCCCGGGUCCCUCGACGACGACCCGGCCGUGUAGCUGUUACCAAUGUUUACAACCAGGGGCCACCUCUCCCUAGACGUGCGCACUCCCGCCCGCCGGGCCGCUCGGCCGUUUGAGUUUCUCGUCUGUCUGCUCGCCUGGCUCGGGUGACGUGAGCACACGACUCUGAUCUGACGUCCCCACCUCCACCCCUCCCCACCCCCAUCGAGGCAGUGUGUGAGGACCGCGUGGGAAUGACCUUUCUUGUACAUACUUAGCUAAACCUGGAGUAUGAACCUGUACUAUUGUUCUGUAAAGAGGGUGAAAUAGAGCUUAUUGUAAAGCGUGGGGAGAAGCAUAGUAUUGUAUUUGUAACAAUAGCGUUCUUUGUACACACGAAACUCAACGAUCUCUAUAUAUAAAUAUAAAUAAGUAUAUAAAUAAACUAUAUCUACACGUGAGCCUGGGAAUGUCCACACCGCGCACCCACUGAAUGUACUUCCUCCGGCAGUCUGGCCACCGGCCCGCCCGCCCGCCCGCCCGCCCUCCGCACCGUGGCCACAGUCGUCUGGUUUGGGGUUGUGAUAUAUUCAAUGUGCUAUCUUCCUUUAUUUAACUAAACGCUGAUGUCUGUGUAAGAGUUGCCGCAACAAUAAACGAGAACUUCACCUCUUGG